UUUUUGGACACUGUGGUUUAUGGAAAAAGAUCAUAUCCUACCAUUCUCCUGCCACUGUAUUCUGUGACAUUCAAAUGUGGUGGCGUGAGGGUGAACUUUUAGACUCGAUGCCGCGCAAAACGAGCCUUAUUUUGAAAUGGUUACCAGAAGUACUUCCACACGCACGCGCGGCUUUUUCAGGCUCGCAUAUAGCAAAACUAAUGAAAUUAGUUUAGAAAAAUACACACUAUACACAUGAAGAAUCAUGCGCAUAACAAGUGCGACCCAUCCCGCGAUGAUCGGUACAUUUUGUAAAGGAUAAACCUUUCUUCCGGGGUUUUGCCCCGAUUUCCGGACUACUCGUUUGGUCCGAUUUUUUUACUUCCUUGUAGCGCCUGAGGAAGAAAAGAGAUGAGCGCGGGUCACGUCAGGAGGGUUCUCGGGGAUGUGGUUCCUGCGGUGACGAGCGGGAUCUUGUUGCUCAGCCUGACGUCGUGCGCGGUGUUCGCCCUCCAACGCUAUUUGGACUUGUCCCAGGGGAGCCUGAGCGUCGGGGCGAGUGUUUUUCUCCAAGGCCACGUGCACACACUCUUCACGUUCCCUUUCCACCACAGAACCGCCACCCAGCUGCUCCUCGGCAUCUGGGCCUUGCUGUUCCUCGGCGGUAGCCUGGAGAAAGCAUUUGGUACAGUUCGCUUCCUGUCUGCGUGCUUCGUGAUGUCCACCAUCAUAGGUUUGUCGUACGCCCUCCUGGAUCUGCUGCUGGGGCGCAGCGGCCCCGCGGAGGGCUUGGUACCGAUGGCCCUGGCUUGUGUGGCCGUGACCACCACGCACACAAAGAUGGCCAAAGGCUUCCUCUGUGGGGUGACUUUCCCCGCCGUGGUGCUCCCGUGGGCGUUCGUCCUCAUCGCCGGCGCGCUCAUUCCGCGCACCGCGCUCCCUUGCGGCGUCGUCGCCACGCUCGUCGGAUGGAUGCACGGAAGAGGAUGCUUCUCCCUCCUGGACCUCUCGGAGGUCAGGGCAGGUCUCGUGGAGAAGACGGCGGCUUUCCGUUCGCUGAGGAGCAUCAGGGUGGCGGCCUUUGUCCCGGCCUCCGCAGCGGAGAGGAGGAAAACGCUCCUUCCCCAAAUAAACCCGACACCGGGGUCUUACCCGGUACAGGCCUACGCGCCGGCGUCAUGCGCCAACGUGGCGGUCGGUGGGAACGCCAACAUGGUUGAGGGCUGGUCGAACGCUGCGCCUGCCGCAUCUGGACCUGCACCUUUCCCCGAUCCUCAAGUCCCUGCAACGGGCGUCGGUGUCACGAGUCACGGACACAACUGCGCACACAACCACGGCCAACUAUGAUUUGGUUUGCAUAAGCGUUGUAAACUUUAUGAUGUAAAUACUGCUUGGAACUGUGACAGGAUGGUGCGUUUGGAUAUCAGAUGGAUCAAAAUAAAGGAAUCUUAAACAAGUUCCGAAUACACUCCCAUUUGGCAACUGGUGCAAGCUACAAGAAAAUACAUAGUAUUUUUCCUCUAUUUUUUUUUUUUUUUUUAUAAUUUGGAGAAAAUACCAUCAGCUCAGUUUGUAAUAUCCACUUGUAAUAAACGUGCAAUUGUAAAACAACUUCAUGGACACCCUUUAUAUUUGGAACAUUAAUUCUACCCGUUUAACAACGCUUGUUCAUGACCUUUUCAAUAAGAUCCAUGUUGGAGCGCCAGUUGUUGUUUUUUUUUUUUUAA